AUGGAAGUUGUGGUUCAUUUGGAAGUUGUGGUUCAUUUGGAAGCUAUUCAAGAGGCUUCAGUGGAUGAAAUGGCCUGGCCAUCCAAUUUCAAUGGGAAAUAUGACAUUUUCGGAAUGCGAAACUCAGUUGCUCCUGGGUUUCACAGUGACAAACCUAACCAAGUGUGCAAAGUUCUUAGGUCACUAUAUGGGCUUAAACAAGCAAGUAGGCAGUGGAACGCCAAACUCACUGCAGCUCUACUACGCAUUGGUUUUGUUCAAGCGAAAUCAGAUCCAUCUUUGUUUAUUAAGUCUAAUUCUGAUUAUUUCGUGGGAAUCCUAGUUUAUGUUGAUGAUAUUAUCAUCACUAGUGAUUCUCUUAGUCCAAUUGAUGAUUUGAAGAAGUUUUUGGACUCAACAUUCAGAAUUAAAGACUUAGGUGACCUUGGUUAUUUUUUAGGCAUAGAAGUGGCCAGGAGUUCUGCAGGUCUCAACCUAUGCCAACGAAAAUACACUUUAGAUAUUUUGGAAGAGUGUGGCUUUUUGGACUGUAAGCCAGUAACUAGUCCAAUUGUUCCAGGACAGAAGUUGAUGCACAAUGAUGGACCUUUGCUAGCUGAUGCAGGUGUUUAUAGACGAUUAGUAGGCAGACUUUUGUACCUCACAGCCACUCGUCCAGACAUAACAUAUAGUGUUCAACAACUGAGUCAAUUCAUUGAUUAUCCCACAAAAACGCACUUAGCAGCAACUCAUUGUGUUCUACGGUACUUGAAGCCUGCACCUGGAAAAGGAAUCUUUUACUCAACCAAUUCAGACAUACAUUUGAAAGCUUUUACAGAUUCUGAUUGGGCAACUUGUGCAGAAACAAGAAGGUCCAUCACAGGGUUCUGCCUAUUCCUAGGUGAUUCACUUAUUUCUUGGAAAUCAAAGAAACAACACACGAUUUCAAGGUCAUCAUCUGAAGCAGAAUAUCGUAGCCUUGCUGGGGUAGUAUGUGAAAUUCAAUGGCUUUGGUAUCUUUUAACUGAUAUGGGAAUUCCUCCAUCCAAACCAGCAGUUUUCUUCUGUGAUAACAAGUCCGCCAUUGCUAUUGGUGAGAAUUCUGUUUUCCAUGAAAGAAGUAAACAUAUAGAAAUUGAUUGUCAUGUUGUUCGGGAAAAGGUACAACAAGGUCUCAUCAAGCUGCUCUACAUUACAUCUUCAAAUCAGAUAGCAGAUGGAUUUACCAAAGCUCUUCCUUCACCACAGUUUAUUCAAUUCACUUCUAAGCAUGGUCUACAAGACUUCUACUAUGUUCAUCAAUGCAACAUCUUUCUUCUUUCGCUCAAUGAUUGA